GCAAACAUAAAUCAAGAAUGGUACACAAAAAGCGCCCAAAGUCAGUGAGGAAGGCUCGUGCUGCAUCGCUUGCCUUACAAGAAAAGUUAUAUACAAAGACCCCACAUACAAUGAUUUUCUCAAGACCAGGUGUUGGCAGCCUAGUUAAACAGUUGGCACUGGACUUUAGAGAGAUCUUUGAACCGUUCACGGCAAGUCGUCUGCGUGUAACUCGUCAAAAUGUUCUCAAAGAUUUCAUUACUAUAGCUGGUCCAUUGAACGUUACACAUUUGAUGUAUUUAACCCAUCCACAAGAGGACAAGCGUAAACAGAAGCGUAUUCGUCGGUUAACCAAGGCUUCUUUAAAACAGCUAACUGAUGAUACUAAUGAAGAUCAGAACAUAAAUACAGAUGAAAAAAGUAUAGCUUCUAUUAAUAUGGCAGCCGGUGACAGUGGUAGUAGAGACGGGGAUGGUGGUGGUGUCUACUUACACAUGAUUCGUGUACCUCACGGACCCAGUCUCACUUUUCGUGUUUCUGAAUACAGUCUGAAAAGAGAUGUACUAACUUUAGUUCGUCGAGUUUUUGACUGUCGUCAGUAUAGUACUCCACCGCUAUUAGUAAUGACAGGGUUUGGAAUGGGAGGUGUCAAUGCAAGCACUUCAGCUCCAUUGCCUCAUCUACGUUUGGUAGUUGAUAUGUUUCAGAAUUUGCUUCCACCACUGAACGUUCCAAAGCUCAAACUUAGUACUGUCAAACGUGUUCUACUUGUUAGUCGGGAAGUGGACACAUCCAGUCAAAACGAAGGGAACACAAACCAGCUGAACGAUGUUAUAUAUAUCCGACACUAUCAUAUUCGUACAGAAAAUAGGUGUAUAAGUCGUGCACUACGACGUCUUGGUAUGGGUGGAGCAAAACUGAAACGCAGACGUCUUGCUGAUCCGCAGUCGAAUUAUGGUAUCGGUCCUAGCGGUUCAGGAAAGUCUACAGGUGUGCCAAAUUUAGCUAAGUAUUCUUCAAUGGACGACUACCUAACCAAGACAGGUCUUUUGUCGGAUUCAGCCUUAUCAGAUAUUCUGUCAGAUAUGGAAGAGGUUGAUCUGGUACCAGAUGUCAAUUUCUCAUCGUCUCAAUUUGCUGAUGGAGAGGCUCUUCUUUCUCUGUCAGGUUCACGUAAACGUAAACGUGGUCGUACUACUGGUCCGAUUCAUGGAUUAAAGCAUUUAGGAACUGCUAAAAAGGCUACACUUCGAUUAACUGAAAUUGGACCACGUCUAACACUAAAUUUAAUAAAGAUAGAAGAAGGUGUGAACACUGGUACUGUUUUAUAUCACCGUUGGCAAACACGUUCAGUAACAGAAUUGGUUGUACAAUCUGAACGCCUUAGACAACGUGAAGCUAUUCGUGCUAAACGUCGCGCUGAACAUGAGGCUCGACGUGCAGCGAAUGAAGCUGAUCGUGAAGCUCAUCGUGCUGCCUGUCUUGAGGGUAUGAAGCGUGCUGGUCAGUUACCCUCGGGUGAUAAACAGUUAUCUCAAGAAGCCACUGAUGUUAACGAUGAUGUUAGCAGUGAAACAUCGCCUCUCACAUCUCAUCCAGAACAGCCGAAAAAGAAGAAAAAAGUAAAAUUCAAUGAAACUCUGAUUACUGAUACGAAGAAAUCAUUAACCAAGAGAGCGUUCAAAAGUAAUCUUAUAGUACGAAGGAAAGAAAAGAAAACACAGUGAAUUUUGUGAUUACUUAUCUUGUCCUUUAUAAGUUCAACUAACCAGUGAUUCAAUCAGUAUGUAAAACUGUGUAAAUAUAACUAUAUUGUAUUUUCCAUCCAUUCUUAUUUUUUCAUUUUUGAUCAUAGGGAAUAAAAAGACAGCAGACAGCUCUCACCACAGAAUGAGGUUGACAGAGGUUUGUGGCACUGUGUAGUGUUGAAGCACU